AUGGCAUGCUCUAUGAAGGCUAAAUAUGAUAAAUAUUGGGGACCAGUUGACAAGUUUAAUCCUUUGAUACUUGUUGCCGUUGUUUUAGAUCCUCGAUACAAACUUGAUUAUCUUUGUUGGUGUUUGGAGGAUGUAUAUGAUAAGGAAGUGGCUACUAGUAUGACUAGUUUUGUAAAAUUUACACUGGAGACAUUGUACAAAUUUUAUUCAAAAGAAAUUGUAGAUGAUAAAGUUCUUGAUGAUGGUGGCGGUUCCUCUAGAGCUGUUUUGGAUGAUAAAGAUAGUGGUCAGUCUAGUGCUAAGGGUGUUGCUGCAAAUAUAGUGAAUUUGUGGAAAAAACAAAAUAAGGAAAAAGCUAAUGCAGAUAGCAAAUCAGAUGUUGAGAAAUAUUUUGCCGAAGAUCCUGUGGACGUGGAAGAUGAGAAUUUUGAUAUAUUGGCUUGUUAA